UUUUUUUUGUUCCUUUUUUUCACUAUUCAACAGGGAGAAAUACAAUAUGGCUUCAUUAGUACCUGUCAAAAUCAGUGUCGAUUAUAGCCAAGACAAAGCACAUCUUGAGGAAUUCCUUAGAAAUUUCAAGGAAUCAUCAAGUGAUCUCAUGGAGACGGAUGCUCCUCCUAAAUAUAUGCAAAUGCUGCAAAAAGUCAAAGACAGACAAGAAAAGACUAUCCUUAUCGAAUUAGACGAUAUUGCUGCUUAUGAAGACUCUCGUGCACGUACAGUUGCCAAUAUCAAGCGAAAUACAAAGCACUAUAUUGAACAUGCCUCUGUUGUCAUCGAUAACAUCUUGGCCGGAAUGACUCCUAGCAACCCUGACGCAGUUCAUCCUGAAACAGUAUUGGACGUGAUUAUCAAUCAGAGAAGAACUCAAGAUCGUUCCGAGAUCCAACAAGAUCAAUUUCCUCCAUCCUUGACUCGACGAUAUGAGGUUUUCUUUAAGCCACUUUCUGAUGAUACUCCAUUAGCUGUUCGUCAAGUCAAUGGUAGUAAAAUUGGACAAUUGAUCACCAUUCGUGGUAUUAUCACACGAGUGACUGACGUGAAGCCAAUGCUUCAGGUGAACACGUAUACUUGUGAUUCUUGUGGUUGUGAAAUCUUUCAAGAAAUUACUCAGAGACAGUUUAACCCAUUGACUGAAUGUCCCUCAGAGGAAUGUAAAAAGAACAAUGUGAAAGGAAGAUUGCACACUCAGACAAGAGCCUGUAAGUUCAUUGCUUAUCAAGAGGCCAGAUUACAGGAAUUGACAGAUCAAAUCCCUGUGGGUCAUAUUCCUCGUAUCAUCACCCUUCAAUUGUAUGGCAGUGCCUGUCGUCAACUGUUCCCUGGUGAUAUUGCUCAUGUCAGUGGCAUCUACUUGCCUAUGCCUUACACUGGUUUCAGAGCCAUUCGUGCCGGUCUCUUGACAGACACCUAUAUGGAUGUUCAACACGUUCACCGUUUGAAGAAGCAGUACGAUGAGAUCGAAAUGACAUCUGAAGAUAUUGAAAAGGUGGAGGAAUUAAAGAGAGAUCCUAACGCUUAUGGACGCCUUGCACGAAGCAUUGCUCCUGAAAUUUAUGGCCAUGAUGAUGUGAAGAAGGCCUUAUUGCUGCUUCUGGUAGGCGGUGUUGAUAAGACGGUAGGCGACGGCAUGAAGAUUCGUGGUGAUAUCAAUAUCUGUCUUAUGGGUGAUCCUGGUGUGGCCAAAUCCCAGUUAUUAAAGUUUAUUGCCAAGGUAGCGCCCAGAGGUGUAUACACGACCGGUAAAGGUUCAUCCGGUGUAGGUUUAACAGCUGCUGUGAUGAGAGACCCUGUGACAGACGAGAUGGUGUUGGAAGGAGGUGCUCUUGUCUUGGCUGAUAAUGGUGUUUGCUGUAUUGAUGAAUUUGACAAAAUGGACGAAUCGGACAGAACUGCUAUUCACGAAGUCAUGGAACAGCAAACGAUCAGUAUUUCAAAGGCUGGUAUCAACACAACCUUGAAUGCUCGUGCAUCUAUCUUGGCUGCUGCUAAUCCACUCUAUGGUCGUUACAAUACACGUUUGUCGCCCACCAAAAACAUCAAUUUACCAGCUGCCUUGCUUUCUCGUUUUGACCUUCUUUAUUUAAUACUUGACAAACCCUCUUAUGAUAUGGAUCGUCUACUGGCUGAACACGUCACCUAUGUACACACCCAUAACAAACCACCUCAGAUGGACAUUGACGCAGUGGAACCCAGCACGAUUAGACACUAUGUAGCACAUGCAAGGACAAAGAGACCUGUGUUGACACCCGAAGUAGGUAAUUACGUGACAAGUGCCUAUGUGGCGCUGAGACGCCAAUACAAAUUGGACGAAGCACAUGAACGACAAUUUACUUAUGCCUCCGCACGUACCUUACUUGGCAUCAUUCGUAUGGCACAAGCUGUUGCUCGUAUACGUCUAAGUGAUUUCGUGGAACCUAAUGAUGUUGAUGAAGCUUUAAGAUUAAUUGAUGUGUCAAAGUCUACAUUGGUUGAAGAAGACGAUAAACGUUAUGGAGGAUAUGACAGAUCGCCCUUAUCAGCUGUUUAUAAUCUUGUUAGAAACUUGAUAGAUGCCUAUGGUUUCUCUAUACCUUUAAAUACUCUUAAACAGCAUGUUGUAGCCAGAGGUUAUACGGAAGCUCAUUUAGAAGAUGCCAUACGUGAAUAUACAGCACUUAAUGUAUGGCAAGUCGAUAGCCGCCAUUUGACCAUCAUUAACUAGAAGCAAUUAAUAAUAAUAAAAAACACACACACUCUACAAUGGCAUAAUUAAGUUUGAUCUUUGAUGUAAUCUUUAUAAAUUAAUGACAUUGACACACUGUACUACAAUAGAUAAUAUAAAGUAUAUAAUAAAGAUGAGGC